AUGGCUGCUAUCAUAUCUCUCAGGGAUGUACACGCCGCAUCUCACCAGCUAGCCAAGCGAAAGAACUGGGCAGCCAGAGAACCCGGUGUUGUCCUGGUUUUCUGCAUCAUCUUCGUUAUCGCAGUCGGCGUGCUGUCCACAUACCUCUACCGCAGGAUGCAACGCCGCAAAGCUGCUGCUGGCACAGCCUAG